CUCUCGAUUUCUCUGAAAGGCAUUCUCUUUGUCGUGGUAUUUCUCUCUCGUAGUCACAGGGGAAACCGGUGUUGUCGCCGUUCAUCCUGAGUUAUCACUCGUUGUAGAGUCCUUCUUUUGCUCGUGGACGCAAAACUUGUGCCCCUCGUCGCUGUCCUGAAGCGUAAAAGCGUACUCGAAGGCAGCUUCAUGCAUUUAUUAUGACUUGCGCACCCAUGCUUUUUGUUCGGAAGCCCUGUGGUCCGCAUCCAUUGUGCAGUAACCCCGGUCUUUAAACUAGAGUGGCAAACCGCCGUCUGAGAUUUGUACUUCUGUGUUUCACUGUGUGACACUCUUCACACGUGCUGCGUUUCGCUGCAUGCCUUUGAACGGAUUUCAAGCCGAGCGUCGAACCACCAACGGCAAAACCGCUUGUCGUGCAGAGGUGGACAGUCAGGUGCCAACAGGUGGGAGGAGUGGGGGUGCCCGAGCACAUAGUUCCUUGUGCCUUCAGAGUCUUGAUCCAGAAUGGACCCGACGCUGCUCCUCCAGGAGCCACUGGAUAUCGUAAGGGUCAGCCUGGACGAGAGAGUCACUAUCAAGUGCAGAGGAGACCGAGAGGUAGUGGGCAAGCUGCACGCGUACGAUAUGCACUUGAACAUGGUACUGGGGGAUGUCGAAGAAGUCGCCACAACGGUCACGAGUGACCCGCUCACCGGUGACGAACAGACUAAGAAAACCACUCGGCGACUCCCACUAAUUUUCCUACGCGGAGAUGCGAUCAUCCUUGUAGCGCCAGUGAACCGUAACAAAUCGUGAAGGCAGCGUUGCAGCAGUGAAGCACACCCCGCUGCAGAUUCCAUUGGGUCGAGCAACGGCGUGCAAUAGCAGAUGAUUUUCGCACAACUUACAACGGGUGCAAGGGAACAUAUUGGCAAGAGAAGGCGAGACAUGCUCGGGUCUAGCUCGCUAUGAGUCAAACAGUGUGCGAGUUUAUGAGGGACAGCUGCUCCUGUGCUUCUGACGAUGGGGAGGCGCCACAUGUGCAUAUUGGCCGUUGUCAGUUUCCUGAUAAUUAGUCUUCCGUGAUCUUCUCUCCUCGACGGCUUCCGUGAUCCUAUGUACUUGUUGCAAGUCAAUGAUGUAGCUGUUAUUGCGGUGUUCAGCGGCGGCUUUGAUUGUGCGUUGUGCAAGUUAACUUAAGUGACCCGCCGUGGAUCUACCGACUGCUUCUCAUAAGAAUCCUUCACAUGAUUUGGAGUAUCUAUGAUCUGUAAACAGGAACAACUACCAGGGGGCCGUUAGUAGAUAGUCAGCUUAUGGGUCUUUCGACAGUAUCGAAAAGCGUCUUUGAGGCUUGCAGUAUAUGCUUCCGGGGCUCUUAUUCCAUUGUGCGUCUAGCAAUCUUAGAAUGCGAUAGGGAGUGUCUUUACGCGUCGAUCGUGCAUGCUUCACUUUUCACGGCUGCUUAGAGCUCAUCCGAGAAGAGUUUCUUAUUAAUAGUUUCCUUUAGUGCUGAGCUCCACAAGAAGUGCCUUGCCAUACAUAUGAUUGAGCCCUGAGUCAUGCGUGAGCCGCUGGUGCGUAUGUGACAGAGAAUUAAGGAGACUGUGUGCUGCCACUCAGAAGCGGUUGCUCCGCAUAGGCCGCCGGUGGUGGGUGAAGUGGUCUACGACACCCAGCAGCAGUGUUUUCCUGGAAGUCAGCCUCAAGGUUCCGUCUUUUGCGUCUGUCUUGGGUAAUCAGUUGCUGUGCUGGCCACGAUCCUUCAAGUGCUGAAAGGUCGUUCAGUGAGGAAGUCUCCCUAUCAUUCUUGGUACCAGAGCAACUGGUACUUUUUUUAGGAUAGGAUAGUUGGACUGACAAGAUAGGGGGGCUGCGGCAUAGAGCACGAGGAAGACGACCUAGUGAAGUAGAAUCACUUGGUAGCGGUGAUUACAGAAAACCAAUGCGACGCAGCACCUUACAAUUACAGCAACUAAUUCCAGAAGGGAAUUCUGCAGUGUCUUUCAUCACCUAGUGAAUAUAAUGGUCUCCGACUAGGAGAUUCGUGGUAAUGGUUUCCAUGGAGAAAUUAUCUUGUUAGAACAAAAGCGUGCAGAAAUAUUUCUGUGGUCGCUUGUUGUUCUUGGCACCCUUGGAAGAGGGAAUAUUCUUCGAAGCAUAUCAGCGGCAGCCAGAUGCCAACUGCGUGCAUUGCGUUGCUGAGAGUGCCACGCACCGUACAUAACAUUUCUUGCGUUUCGCCGAUUGUGGCCUGUCAGCCCAAAUUAUAUUUAAAACCCGUCUUUUAUUCUGCUGUUCAAACGCUGUCUGUAUGAUAGUAGUGAAGUGAUUCUAGUGUAGUACUACUAACACGUUAGCCAGCCCCACCUGUGUGUUGAUGUCUGAUCAUGUACUUACAACGCAAGCCUAACCAACUCCGAUAGUGUACAAUGGAGCUUUGCUCUGACAAAUUUCACAGGUCCUUGGCGAUUAAGUAACUGCUUCGAUAAGGUAGAGAUAUUCCAUCAAGGGAGGGUCUCGUCUAUCCAGACGAAUGUUCGAGUUGACAAGUCAUGGUAUACGUUCAUAUUAUUUAUCCCGGAGAACCAGUUACAUUUCUGCGCCUGGUCGCAGGACAUCCGCUUCGACACGUUCCUCAGUCGUCUAUACAUCCCAGAACAACAUAAACGGGACCUCGCUGAACUCAGUGAUGAUCGGACACUACAUGAAACCUGAAAUAACGGCAGUCUCUCCACUGAAAGUACUUGCCUGUGUUGGUGAAGGAUUUUACGUUGUCUGCGCGGUUUAGGGUUUAUUUACGGUUUUGGGUGUCAAAAUUGAAAGGGUUUUUGGUCUAGUGUUGUGGCGUCCGCAAACGUGGGGCAUCGGAGACUCCCUUGAAGAUGUUGCUGGCCUCACGACUCUGGCAUAUCGUAAGGCCUCUGUUUGACAACGUGUAUAGCCUGUAUACAUGCCAAGUGCUUUUACGAAGGAACACGCUACGCCCUGUACUCGACCUUUCGUGUUCGUAGAGUACAGAAGAAGCGAGCAUGAAUUGUGUCAAGAAUAUGCUAUGAGUGUCCGCUUAUUUGGAUGCCCAGUGGCGGUUCUGCGAGGUCCACUAAGAAAUCCUGACUUACUCUGGUAGGCAGUGUGGGUGACGAUUAUAACGGUUGUGCGUUUUCGGCACAUUGGGAUGGUGAAGGGUCGAAUGUGAUAUCGUGAUGUGGGGGCUGUGCGGUUUUGCGAAUGAUUCUCGUCUCUGGCCUUGUCUCUGUUGACGAUGUUUCAGUCGGAGGGUACGUUCAACAGCAGUGAUAUGAUAGACAUGUACGAGUGUGCAGGAAACGGUUCUUACAGCGAUUGAUGGGGGGGAGGGGCGUUUCUUGUUGUAGGGACUGUGGGCGGUCGCUAGAAGCGACUACCCGAGGACACAUUUAAAGGAUAACCACCUUGUUGACUACUGUUUGCAUCGGCUCGAGAGGCGUGUGGAAGCUUGGCAUAUUAAGGGAGGUAAGUGCGGCCAUCGUGACUCCAUGUUUACUGAAUUGGCAUCUACUCGCCGGCUGUAAACGCGAGUGACGUUUUGAACAUCGAUGCGGUACCUCCUUUGUCUUUAGUACGAAUUGCCCUCCUCUUUCCCACACCGGGGCACUGCGACGCUUUGAGUUUCUGUUUUCGGGCAUUUCCCAAGUCUCGCUCACGUGAGCAGAGAGGAUGAUUGCCAUCAGCAAGCGAUACAAGAUACUACAUGUGGUGGAGAUAAUGAAGCUAUCCAAUUAGGGAGUACCCAUAGAAAACGUCGACGGCUUUAUUUGGUGGGACGAAGCUCAAUCAUGGCCAACAUGAUCUACAACAGCAAAACGCCCGUUUGUUGUGAUUGGUUCAGCCAUAAAAAAGCGGAAAUACAAGUGCCAACGUCAUGCAUGUCUACUGUGAAGGGAAAGUUGCGAUAAGAGCAGGCAAACCGUGUUCGAUGAGAAUUACUGCGUGAAUCAUCCUUGCACUUGAGAUAUCCACGUUGCUUCUGGAACUCUAUCUCUCGUAAGUGUCGAUCGAACAUUCUUUAGAAACGGGUAUCGCUUUGCGAGCUCCUCGGAACAAACCCCGUCUAUGUCUCACUAAGUUUGGCCGCAAUGAAAGAACGGGAUUUGAGACAUCAUGUUUACGUGAAGAGGAGCGACGUUAGACCUAUGAAGGCCGCCGUUGCGGCCGAUUGUGCAGAUGACGUCCUU